AUGGAGGUCUUGAGCUCGAGGAAGCUGGGUUCUGUGCAGGAGGAAGGUUUUGGGGUGCACCACAGGAGGAACGCUGACCUGGGGCUGGGCCCCAACCUCCAGGGUAGCAACAGCAGCCUACUCAAGACCAGGAGGCUGCAGGCUGCUUUUGGCAGCAGUGAAAAGCAAGAAAAUCUCAGUUCAUGGAUUCCUGAAAACAUCAAGAAGAAAGAAUGUGUUUAUUUUGUUGCAAGUUCCAAGAUGUCAGAUGCUGGGAAGGUGGUAUGUGAAUGCGGGUAUACUCGUGAACAGCAUUUGGAGGAGGCCACCAAGUUCCAUGUGUUCCAGGACAAGGAGUGGGACCCCAAGAAGCACAUCCAGGAGAUGCCCACAGAUGCCUUUGGUGAUAUCGUCUUCUUAGGCUUGGGCCAGAAUGUGGGAAAGUAUGUCCGAGUCUCCCAGGACACACCCUCCAGCAUUAUCUACCAUCUCAUGACCCAGCACUGGGGGCUGGAUGUUCCCAAUCUCUUAAUCUCAGUGACGGGUGGGGCCAAGAACUUCAACAUGAAGCUGAGGCUAAAAAGCAUCUUCCGGAGAGGCCUGGUUAAAGUGGCCCAGACCACAGGGGCCUGGAUCAUCACUGGAGGGUCCCAUGCUGGGGUGAUGAAACAGGUGGGUGAAGCCGUGAGGGACUUCAGCCUAAGCAGCAGCUACAAAGAAGGCGAUGUCAUCACCAUUGGAGUUGCCACAUGGGGCACUGUUCAUAACCGGGAGAGUCUGGUCCACCCCACAGGCGGCUUCCCUGCUGAGUAUGUUCUGGAUGAGGAAGGCCAGGGGAACCUUACCUGUCUGGACAGCAACCACUCCCACUUCAUCCUGGUGGACGAUGGAACCCAUGGUCAAUAUGGGGUGGAGAUUCGCUUGAGGACCAGGCUGGAGAAGUUCAUAUCAGAGCAGACAAAGGAAAGGGGAGGGGUGGCCAUCAAGAUCCCCAUCGUCUGUGUGGUACUGGAGGGAGGACCUGGCACGCUGAAUACCAUCUACAAUGCCAUCACCAACAGCACCCCCUGUGUGAUUGUGGCGGGCUCGGGCCGCGUGGCUGAUGUCAUCGCCCAGGUCGCCAACCUGCCCAUCUCAGAGAUCACCGUCUCUCUGAUCCAGAAGAAACUGAGCAUGUUCUUCCAGGAUAUGGAGACCUUCACGGAAAGCAGAAUCGUGGAGUGGACCAAAAAGAUCCAAGACAUUGUCCGGAGCAGGCAGCUGCUGACCAUCUUCCGGGAGGGCAAAGACGGGCAACAGGAUGUGGACGUGGCCAUUCUGCAGGCGCUACUGAAGGCCUCUCGGAACCACGACCACUUUUGCCACCAGAACUGGGACUACCAGCUGAAGUUGGCAGUCGCGUGGAACCGCGUGGACAUUGCGCGGAGCGAGAUAUUUGCUGAUGAGUGGCAGUGGAAGCCUUCAGAUCUGCACCCCAUGAUGUCUGCUGCUCUUAUCUCCAACAAGCCUGACUUUGUGAAGCUCUUCCUGGAGAACGGGGUGCAGCUGAAGGAGUUUGUUACCUGGGACACCUUGCUUUAUCUGUACAAGAACCUGGCGCCCUCCUGCUUGUUCCACUGCAAGCUCCAGAAGGUGCUGGCUGAGGAACCUGAGCGCCUGGCCUGUGCCCCCGCCUUGCCCUGCCUGCAGAUGCACCACGUGGCUCAGGUGCUGCGGGAGCUGCUAGGAGACUUCACACAGCUACUCUACCCCCGACCCCGACACCUGCGGUCACUCACCAAGAUCAACGCUCAGGGAGUGAGUCUCCGGUCCCUCUACAAGCGAUCUCCAGGGCACGUCACAUUCACCAUAGAUCCUGUCCGUGAUUUGCUCAUCUGGGCCAUCAUCCAGAACCGCCAGGAACUGGCAGAAAUCAUCUGGGCUCAGAGCCAGGAUUGCAUCACGGCAGCCUUGGGCUGCAGCAAGAUCCUUAAGGAGCUGUCCAAGGAGGAGGAGGACACAGACUGCUCGGAGGAGAUGCUAUCGCUGGCCGAGGAGUAUGAGAUCAGAGCCAUCGGUGUCUUCACUGAGUGCUACCGGAAGGAUGAGGAACGGGCUCAGAAGUUGCUCAUCCGGGUGUCCGAGGCCUGGGGGAAGACCACCUGCCUGCAACUAGCUCUGGAAGCCAAGGACAUGAAGUUCAUGUCUCAUGGAGGUGUCCAGGGCUUCCUGACCAAGGUGUGGUGGGGUCAGCUCAGUGUGGACAACGGGCUGUGGCGGGUGAUGCUGUGCAUGCUGGCCUUCCCUCUGCUCUUCACUGGCCUCGUCUCCUUCAGGACCAAGAGACUACAGUCUGAGAAUGGAUUUGCUCGGGUCCGCGCUUUCUUCAAUGCACCCGUGGUCAUUUUCCACCUCAAUAUCCUCUCCUACUUCGCUUUCCUGUGGCUCUUCGCCUAUGUACUGAUGGUGGACUUCCAGGCCUCGCCCUCCUGGCGUGAGUGUGUCAUCUACUGCUGGCUCUUCUCUUUGGUGUGCGAGGAAACGCGGCAGCUCUUCUACGACCCUGAUGGGUAUGGGCUUCUGAAGAUGGCCUCCUUGUACUUCAGUGAUUUCUGGAAUAAGCUGGACGUGGGAGCCAUUCUGCUCUUCAUAGCAGGGCUGACCUGCAGGCUCAUCCCAGCAACGCUAUACACUGGACGAGUCAUCCUCUCUCUGGACUUCAUCAUGUUCUGCCUCCGGCUGAUGCACAUCUUUACCGUCAGUAAAACGCUGGGGCCUAAGAUAAUCAUCGUAAAGAGGAUGAUGAAGGAUGUUUUCUUCUUCCUCUUCCUGUUGGCGGUGUGGGUCGUGUCCUUCGGGGUGGCCAAGCAGGCCAUCCUCAUCCACAACGAGAGACGGGUGGACUGGAUCUUCCGAGGAGUUGUCUAUCAUUCCUAUCUCACCAUUUUCGGGCAGAUCCCGGCCUACAUCGACGGAGUGAACUUCAACCCCGAGCAGUGCAGUCACGAUGGCACAGACCCCUACAAGCCCAAGUGCCCAGAGAGUGAUAUGACCCGGCAUGAACCUGCCUUCCCUGAGUGGCUGACGGUCAUCCUGCUCUGCCUCUACCUGCUCUUCACCAACAUCCUGCUGCUAAACCUCCUCAUCGCCAUGUUCAACUAUACAUUUCAGCAGGUCCAGGAGCACACAGACCAGAUCUGGAAGUUCCAACGUCAUGACCUGAUUGAGGAGUACUACAGCCGGCCCCCGGCCCCACCACCCUUCAUCCUCCUCUGCCACCUGCAGCUCCUGGUCAAAAGAGUCAUCCUCAAGAUCCCACCCAAGAAACACAAGCAGCUCAAAAACAAGCUUGAGAAAAAUGAGGAGGCAGCUCUCUUGUCAUGGGAGAUCUACCUGAAAGAGAAUUACCUGCACAAUCAGCAGUACCAGCUACAGCAGAGGCCUGAGCAGAGGAUCCAAGACAUUGGCAAUAAGGUGGACAGCAUGGUGAACCUGUUGAAUGUGGAUCGAAUCAAGAGGUCAGGCUCCAUGGAGCAGAGACUAGCCUCCCUGGAGGAGCAGAUGGCACAGACAGCCCGAACACUGCAUUGGAUCGUGCGGGCCUUGAGGGAUGGCGGCUUCGGCUUGGAGUCAGAUGCCCCUGUUCCAGCAUCCUGGAAGGCCCCCGAGGAGCAGGACCACAUGCCAGGUGGCAAGCAGAAGGCUGAGGAUGGGGACGACCUCUACCAUGUGAAUGCCCGCCACCUCCUCUACCCCAGCUGCCCAGUUACACGCUUUCCUGUGCCCGAUGAGAAGGUGCCCUGGGAGGCAGAGUUUGUGAUCUAUGAUCCCCCAUUCUACACGGCUGAGAGGAAGGACAAGACAGUUGUGGACCCCACAGGGAGCUCCCUGGAGCUGCUGACCAAGAUCAGUUACAACACCGUGGAUGGGUUGGUGGACCGCCGGAGCUUCCAUGGUCCCUAUGCAGUCUGCGAUGGCCUUCCCUUGAACCCCAUGGGCCGGACAGGAUUGCGCGGGCGUGGGAGCCUCAGCUAUUUCGGACCCAACCAUGCUCUGCAUCCAGUGGUCAGCCGGUGGCGGCGGAACCAGGAUGGGGCCAUCUGCAGGAAGAGCAUCAAGCAGGUGUUGGAGGUACUGGUGGUGAAACACUCACUGUCGGAGCACUGGGCACUGCCAGGGGGCUCUCGGGAACCAGGGGAGAUGCUGCCCUGGAAGCUGAAGCAGAUUCUGCGAUCAGAGUUCUGGCCAUCCUUUGAAAGUCUGCUGAAACAGGGGGUGGAGGUGUACAAAGGUUAUAUGGAUGAUCCGAGGAACACGGACAAUGCCUGGAUCGAGACAGCAGCCAUCAGCAUCCACUUCUGGGACCAAAAUGACAUGGAACUGAAGAGGCUGAACUCUCACCUGCACACUUUCAACCCGGAGAUGUCCUUCCGAUGGCAGGUGGUGCACAGGUGUAUCCCGCUGUAUGCCAACCACAAGACCAUCCUCCAGAAGGUGGCCACUCUGUUUGGAGCACACUACUGA